CAAUUUUUAUACCGCAAAUCAGCAACCUUAUAAGGUCAGUCUGUAUACGGGUGUUAAUAGUUCGCAACUUCAGUUUCACAGUUCACUUUUUAGGGUUUUGUUUCUUGCGGCUGCGAAGGGGAGCUCUUCUUAUUCGUUCUCGCCGCUUCCCUGUUCUUUCUCGCCGCUAUAACAGACUCCUUUGCAGACUAUAGAGACUAGUCAAAAUGGUGAAGUUCACAGCUGAUGAGUUACGUCGCAUUAUGGACUAUAAGCACAACAUUCGUAAUAUGUCUGUCAUUGCUCAUGUUGAUCACGGAAAAUCAACUUUGACAGAUUCCCUUGUUGCUGCUGCUGGAAUUAUUGCACAGGAGGUUGCUGGAGAUGUCCGGAUGACAGAUACUCGUGCAGAUGAAGCUGAGCGUGGUAUCACUAUUAAGUCUACCGGUAUCUCUCUAUACUAUGAAAUGUCCGAUGAGUCUUUGAAGAGUUACAAAGGGGAGCGCAAUGGCAAUGAGUAUCUCAUUAAUCUCAUUGAUUCCCCUGGGCACGUCGACUUCUCAUCUGAGGUUACUGCUGCACUCCGUAUUACUGAUGGAGCUCUAGUGGUGGUGGAUUGUGUUGAGGGUGUUUGUGUCCAAACUGAAACUGUGCUGCGACAGGCCCUUGGUGAAAGGAUCAGGCCUGUUCUAACCGUUAACAAGAUGGAUAGAUGCUUCCUUGAACUCCAGGUGGAUGGAGAGGAGGCUUAUCAGACAUUUCAGAGGGUUAUUGAGAACGCUAAUGUGAUUAUGGCUACUUAUGAAGAUCCAUUGCUUGGUGAUGUUCAGGUGUAUCCUGAGAAAGGAACAGUUGCUUUCUCUGCUGGUUUGCAUGGUUGGGCUUUUACUCUGACCAACUUUGCAAAAAUGUAUGCCUCAAAGUUUGGUGUUGAUGAAUCCAAGAUGAUGGAGAGGCUCUGGGGUGAAAACUUCUUUGAUCCAGCCACAAAAAAAUGGACCACAAAGAAUACUGGUUCACCAUCUUGCAAGCGUGGAUUUGUUCAGUUCUGUUAUGAGCCUAUCAAGCAGAUUAUUAACACUUGUAUGAAUGAUCAGAAGGAUAAGUUGUGGCCUAUGCUAACAAAGCUAGGGGUCACCAUGAAGUCUGAGGAGAAAGACCUGAUGGGUAAGGCGUUGAUGAAACGUGUCAUGCAAACCUGGCUCCCAGCUAGCAGUGCACUCUUGGAAAUGAUGAUCUUUCAUCUUCCCUCUCCAUCAACUGCUCAGAGGUAUCGUGUUGAGAAUUUGUAUGAGGGUCCCCUUGAUGAUCAAUAUGCUACUGCUAUCAGAAACUGCGAUCCUGAAGGACCUCUUAUGCUUUAUGUCUCGAAGAUGAUUCCCGCAUCUGAUAAGGGAAGGUUUUUUGCUUUUGGUCGUGUAUUUGCUGGUAAGGUUUCAACAGGUUUGAAGGUCAGAAUUAUGGGACCAAAUUAUGUCCCUGGUGAGAAGAAAGACUUGUAUGUGAAAAGUGUUCAGAGAACUGUCAUUUGGAUGGGAAAGAGACAGGAGACUGUUGAGGAUGUGCCUUGUGGUAACACCGUUGCUAUGGUUGGUUUGGAUCAAUUUAUCACCAAGAAUGCUACAUUGACAAAUGAGAAGGAAGUUGAUGCCCACCCUAUUCGAGCUAUGAAGUUUUCUGUCUCACCUGUUGUGCGUGUUGCUGUUCAGUGCAAGGUUGCUUCAGAUCUUCCCAAGCUCGUUGAAGGUCUCAAACGUCUGGCUAAGUCAGAUCCUAUGGUUGUUUGUACUAUUGAGGAAUCUGGGGAACACAUUGUUGCUGGUGCAGGAGAGCUUCAUCUUGAGAUUUGUUUGAAGGACUUGCAAGAUGAUUUCAUGGGUGGAGCUGAGAUUAUUAAAUCUGACCCUGUUGUGUCAUUCCGAGAGACUGUUCUUGACAGAUCAUGCCGCACUGUGAUGAGUAAAUCACCCAACAAGCACAAUAGGUUGUACAUGGAAGCAAGACCAUUGGAAGACGGGCUUGCAGAGGCCAUCGAUGAAGGCACAAUUGGACCAAGGGAUGACCCCAAAAUCCGGUCUAAAAUCUUGUCAGAACAGUAUGGUUGGGAUAAGGAUCUUGCCAAGAAAAUUUGGUGUUUUGGACCUGAGACCACUGGACCCAACAUGGUUGUUGAUAUGUGUAAGGGAGUCCAAUACUUGAAUGAAAUCAAGGAUUCUGUUGUUGCUGGAUUCCAGUGGGCAUCUAAAGAAGGUGCUUUGGCAGAAGAAAACAUGAGAGCCAUCUGCUUUGAAGUAUGUGAUGUUGUCCUCCACACUGAUGCUAUCCAUAGAGGAGGUGGUCAAAUUAUUCCUACUGCCCGAAGAGUCUUCUAUGCCUCACAGUUGACAGCCAAACCCAGGCUUCUCGAGCCUGUUUAUCUUGUGGAAAUCCAGGCUCCUGAGCAAGCUCUUGGUGGUAUCUAUAGUGUUCUUAACCAGAAACGUGGACACGUCUUUGAAGAAAUGCAGAGGCCUGGUACUCCUCUGUACAACAUCAAAGCAUACCUUCCUGUCGUCGAGUCCUUUGGAUUCUCUAGCCAGUUAAGGGCUGCAACAUCUGGGCAAGCUUUUCCUCAGUGUGUGUUUGAUCACUGGGAUAUGAUGUCAUCAGAUCCAUUGGAGGCUGGAUCGCAAGCUGCAACACUUGUUAUUGAUAUUCGCAAGAGGAAGGGUUUGAAGGAGCAGAUGACUCCACUUUCUGAGUUUGAAGACAAGCUUUAAACAAUUUUGGACUAUUUUUAUGAUUUUAGCUUAUUUUCUCUUUAUGAAAUCUUUUUUACUUUAGUUUUUUAAAGUUCAGUAUCUGGAGUUUUGUUUGUUCCUUUGCCAGUUCUGAACUUUGUAAUAUAGGUAUUUGCAUUGAUGUAUUUUUGCUCACCGUGAUUUGGAUCAAUGCUGAAAAAACUUGUGUUAAUUUUGUUUUAAACACACUCUUUUUAGUGGUGUUUUUAUGAAAUCAUAGUGUUCAAAUCUAA